GGUGUCGAUCAGUCUUCGAAACGCUCUUGUGUCGCAAACGUCGCGCUUAGGUUUAGGCAGUCUGUCCGCGUUGAGGAGUGAUUAUGCGUUGUACAAAGAGUAAUUUCAUCGACAGCGUGGAAGGCUCGUACAGGCUUUCUAAGAUGUCAGCAAGUGGGAAACCAGUCGAGAAUGGAUCGACGACAGUCACAGUAGAGGAGAAACCUACGAGAGCUCAGUGGAGUAACAAAAUGGAAUUUUUGAUGUCCUGCAUUGCAUUUUCGGUUGGCCUUGGAAAUGUCUGGAGAUUUCCUUACACUGCCUAUCAGAACGGUGGUGGCGCGUUCCUGGUGCCGUACGUGAUCGUCUUGUUCAUUGUUGGUAAACCGAUCUACUACAUGGAGAUGAUACUGGGACAAUUUAGCAGCAGAUCUUGCAUAAAGAUCUGGUCCAUCUCUCCUCUUUUCAGAGGCAUUGGCUAUGGCUUGACGAUCUCUGUUUUCUCAGUGGUCACGUACUAUUGUUCUCUGAUGGCACUGACGUUGUAUUAUUUGUCAGCUAGUUUCCAAUCAGUCCUUCCUUGGGCCUACUGUUGGGAAGAGUGGAAAGAUAUCUGCUUCGACAGUGCUCCAACUGCUAACAACGAGACAGUAGCAAAUAUUAGUAGCAAGAGUAGCUCUGCUGACUUGUACUUCCGCAAGGUGGUUCUUAACGAGAUUGGACUAGAGGAAGGUUUGGGACUUCCGUCGUGGCAGUUGGUCCUCGCUCUGUUUGUCAGCUGGGCGUCCGUUUUCGUAGUGCUGAGCAACGGCGUGAAGAGCAGCGGGAAAGCAGCGUACUUCCUCGCUAUAUUUCCAUACAUCAUCAUAAUAACUCUUUUGAUAAGGGCAGUCACGUUGGAAGGGGCCGUCGACGGAAUAAUAUUCCUCUUUGAACCAACCUGGGAGAAGAUCCUCGAUCCGUCAGUAUGGUACGCAGCCGUGACGCAGUCCUUCUUCUCCCUCGGUGUAUGUUUUGGGGCUGUUGUCAUGUAUUCCUCCUACAAUCGCUUCGACCAUAACAUAUUGAGAGAUUGCACGGUAGUGACAACCAUGGACUUGGGCACGAGCCUGAUAGCAGGGACAACAAUUUUCGGUAUUCUGGGCAAUCUCGCUCGCGAGUCUGACAAAGACAUCAGCAACGUGGUUCGUGCCGGGACAGGUUUAGCAUUUAUCUCCUAUCCGGAAGCCCUGGCGAAAUUCACCGUGGUCCCGCAAUUAUUCGCCGUGCUCUUCUUCUUGAUGCUGUUUAUCUUGGGGAUAGGCACCAGCGUAGCGUUCACCGCUGUCGUCGAUAGCGUUAUUAAGGACAGAUUCCCCCAUCUCCCAGACUGGAAGAUUGCCGGUGGCGUUUGUUCCGCUGGCUUUCUCGUUGGAAUCGUUUACUGCACGUCAGGUGGACAGUGCAUCUUAAACUUGGUAGACUAUUUCGGUGGGACGUUCAUCAUAGUGUUCCUUGCCUCUUUCGAACUGGUCGCUGUUUCCUGGAUAUAUGGUGUCGACAAUUUCCUAGACGACGCAGAAUUUAUGCUGGGCAACAGGCCCUCGUUCUACUGGAGGUUCUGCUGGUAUUUUCUAACACCGUUGACGCUCCUCUCGAUUCUUAUUUACUUCCUCUGUGAACUGAAGCCCAUCAUGUACAAUGACGAGUAUUAUCCAACAUCCGCCUACGUGGCUGGCUGGUUACUUUUGGGACUGGGGGUGAUUCAACUUCCUAUCUGGAUGCUCGUCAGUAAAUUGAAAAACAAGGACAAAUCUUACUUGGAUUUGCUUAAACCGAAACCCGAUUGGGGACCAAAGGAUCCCACCAAGUACAAAGAAUGGAAGGAAUUCAAAGACUCGAAGAGGAUCGCGAGGAUGAGCAUGGACAAGAAAAGAUCGAGAAUCGUUGCUUUAUUGAUCGGAGAGGAUUGACAGUGAUCCGUGCUAUCGAAAAAAAAUAUGUACCAUCGAUUUUGAUGCUCUUUGCCUUGGUUUGUUGUCAUCGUGCGCUACCAACGAGAACGGCGACAUUUUAUUGAUUUAACGAAGACACUGUGUAUCAUAAAUAUUAACAUCUUACUAGAUACAAAUAAAUAUUGAAUUCGUAUCUUGCUUCAGUGAGAACGUACAGACUUGGGAAUCGAAGCAAGUUGAGAACAACGAUACAAGAUAAUUAGACUGCGGAUGUUUGUGCAAAUUUGUAUUUCUACGGACAAUAACAACAACUUGGAGAAGUUUUUAGUCCCACUUGUUAAAUGUUACAACAGGUACACUUCGCUCUGCAUAUUUCAUAUAUCAAAUGCACUCCAUCUGCAUCUUUUACACGUUUCAAAAGAAUGUCUUAAAAAUGCAGAAACACACGACAGUCUAAAACUACCGCUCGUAACGAGAGCCUCUUUAAUCUUUCUUGUGGUCUUUACGAAUCAAAGUGUGUAUCAAUUGAAGCCAUUUAGGUUCCAUCCUGGCGUUUCUCUCUUUCAAAUUCUCCUCUCUGAAGCGUAGCCAAUCCUUUCUGUGCUCGACUUCUCUGGGCCCCCAUCGCGUCGUCGGCUCGAAAGAUUUCUUCAAAUUCUACAAAAAAACCACGAUGACGAUUCAUCGGAAUUAGAAUCGAAUGAAUUAAGAUGUAGUCGAAAUGAUGUCUGUAUCUCUCGAAUAAAGUUCAUUGUAAUAUCAUUGUAAUAAAUUCAAAAAAGGAGAGAACUGAAGUUGAAUUAAAAAC